AUGGAGUCCUCCAAUAGUUCCCGGUGGAGUGCUGUUGGUCUUGAUCACAUACUUGCGCAACGUCAUUUUGUCAUUUUAAUAACAACAAUUCUGCUUACUCUUCCUUUGUCCCUUUUUCAUGAUAUAUCCAAGCUGAGAAAGGUUUCUUUUUUGUCUCUCAUGCUAACAGUUGUGAUUCUUUUGACUGUGAUUAUAAGAGCAGCUACACUUGGACCACAAAUCCCCAGCAAAGAUGAAGCAUGGACAUUUGCCCAGCCAAAUGCAAUUCAGGCAAUCAGAGUUAUGUCCUUUGAUGAAAAUAAUGAGUGUUGUUAUUAUUACAGCUUUUUGAUCUAUGGCUCUCUGGAAAAAUGCACAAUAAGUAACUGGUCUCGUGUUACUAAUAUGUCAGUCUUACUUGCUGCAUUUGUCAGUUUAAUCUUUGCUGAAAGUGGAUAUUCUACUUUUACUGUUUAUAUUUUUCAUGACAUAUUUGAAAAUUAUUGCAAAAAUGAUGAUCUGGCAACAUUUGGAAGUCUCUGCUAUGGAAUCAGCAUAAUUCUGACUUUUCCUAUUGAAUGUUUUGUGACAAGAGAGUUACUGUAUGUGGUAUCCAAUGUGUUUUCUAACCGGACCCUUACAGCUGGAUUUCACAUAGCUGUGACAGUGGCUAUUAAAGCAGUGUCUACAGCCGUAUCAUUGAUCUAUGACUGCCUAGGCAUUGUUUUAGUUAAAUGUUUCCCCUUGUGUAUAACCUCCAUAGCAACCUAA